AUGUUGUUGCUUGGCUCUGCGUUGCAGAUUGUACACCUGAAGAGGUUCCAGUUUGUGAACGGCCGCUGGAUCAAGUCUCAGAAGAUCGUCCAGUUUCCCAGAGAGAGGUUUGACCCCAGUGUUUACCUGGCUCCCCGGGAGGCGGGGCUUAACGGGCUACACAGUCUGCAGAGCCGCAGCGAGGGGGAGGAGCURCUGAGGAUAGGAGGAGGAGAAACGGUCUCCUCCAUCUCCGCCCCUGCUGGGUUCCUCAACAUCCUCAAAGCCUCUCCAGCUUCAGGCAGGAAGUCAGCCCCUCCCUCUUCCAUCAGCUGUACCAGCAGCCCCUGCAGCAGCCCCAAGACAGGAGGAGGGUCAGGGGGAACAGGCCACAGACAGACCCGCCUCAGGCUCCCCCAGCUGGGCAGCCGUCACCGCCUCUCCAACAGCAAGGAGAACCUGGAGGGUAGUACCAGGGAGGGGGGCAGCGACUCCGACACCGAGCCCAGGGAGGGAAGACUGCAGGCGGACACGGAGGGUGGGCUCGUGGGAGUGAGGAGCGAGCCGGAGAUGUCCACCACAGACGCAUUUAGCAGCCUCAGUGACGUCAUCGUGAUGAACGGGGACAGCGGUGGCCAUAGCAACGGGCUACAGCGCACGGAGGCCAGUACGACGCCCAGCGUGAACCUAGAGACGCCCGCCCCCGCUCUGCUGCACCAAAGAGACAACAGCCUGGAGAACAUCUACAACUUGUAUGCUAUUUCAGUGAGUGCUUCCAAAACUGCUUGGAGGUUCAGCCUCCUAAACUAA